AUGCCAAAACCAAGACGAAAGGACAAGGGAAAGGCGAGCGAGAAGCCUGCGGGAGACACCACGAGCGGAGAGGAAGACUCAGACACUUCCCUUGUUGACAUUCUCCUAGAGUUAAAGAGCUUCCGCGCAGAAACCUCCAAAAACUUCUCAGAAAUCAAGAAGGAAAUUCAUGAAAUCAAAGAGGAUGUGAAGCAAUUAAAAGCACGAGUGGGCACUGCGGAAGAGAGGAUCGCAGAAAAUCAAAGCCGUAACAUUGAAAUGACCCAAGUGCUCAUUCAAGUUUUGCGCAAACAAAAGCUGCUGGAAGAAAAGUGCGAUGACAUUGAAAGCCGCUCCAGAAGGAAAAAUCUGCGUGUCUACUCCGUUCCAGAGAAGGCCGAGGGGAACAGUAUGAUGGAUUUCAUCAAGAAACUUCUCAACGAAAAGCUGGGAAUAGCAGGAGCGCACAUAGAAAGAGCACACCGAGCCGCAUCGGGGAAGGGAGGAUACACGGGAUCCAUACAUCCCAGGUCCAUCCUGGUAAGAUUCCAAAGCUACGAGGAAAGGCAGCGGGUGCUCCAGGCUGCAUGGUCCAAAAAGGAGAUACUUCUGAAUGAACGCAGGAUUUACUUUGAUGAGGAUUUCACAGCACAGGUCUACAGGGAGCGCGCAAAGUAUAGAUUGGCACGUAAAGAACUGAGAGAGCGUAAUAUUAAAACGCGCAUCCUGUAUCCCGCAAAAUUGAAAGUUUUCGCAGCGGACGGGAAGAUUCAAGUGUUUGAGAGUCCUGAAGCAGCAGCUAAAGGACUGCGGGAGUUCGGCAUUGCUAUGGAAUGUCCCACCAAAGAGCUGGAUUUGGAGUCUAUUCUUCAAUCGGCUGGCUGGCAGUCGCCUCGUAGCAAAAGCAGAACCGGGCACGUAGACAACCUGAUGCCCAGCCUGAAGAAACUGCUUCAACCAACUUCAGCAUCAUAA